AUGAAUGAGUUUGGAGACUCUUUGAAACUUUCUUAUAACACUUCCAACUCUACUGUGAUGUGCAGUAGAAACAUUUCGGGGAAGAACUUGACAAACUUGACAGCAUGUGGCUCCGUGGAUUCGGGCAUCCCACGGGAGAUGGUCUUCAACGACGACAGUCUCAUAUCAGUCGUGGCCUACUCCUGUCUGUUCGUCAUCGCGGCUUGCGGCAACCUCACCGUCUUCAUCACCUUGUUCCGAAACAGAAACAUAAAGUCCAGAGUGAACCUCUUUAUACUGCACCUCUCCAUUGCAGACCUUAUAGUGACUUUCCUCAUGUUGCCCCUGGAGACGGUGUGGCACGUCACGGUGGCCUGGAAGGCCGGGGACACGGCGUGUAGGAUCUUGAUGUUUUUUCGUGCCUUCGGUUUUUAUCUCUCCUCUUUCAUUCUAGUCACUAUCAGCCUGGAUAGAUAUUUCGCUAUCAUGCACCCGCUGAGUUUAAAUGACGCUGACAAACGCGGCAAGAUAAUGCUUUGUCUCGCGUGGAUGUUUAGUCUUGUCGCCAGCAUUCCUCAGAGUGUGAUAUUCCACGUGGAGAGACACCCCAAACACACGUGGUUCACGCAGUGCGUGACGUUCAACUUCUUCCCCACCCCCGUGCACGAGCUCGCCUACAACCUCUUCAACGUCAUAGCGGUCUACGCCUUGCCGCUACUCAUCAUCAGCGUCGCCUACUCACUCAUUCUCUGCGAAAUCUCCAAAAAGUCAAAACAAAGUAGAAAUGAAUUACAGGAGCCCUCGUCUAAAGUGGGUUUAAGAAGGUCUGCCGUGGGCAAUAUAGAGAGAGCCCGGAUACGGACGUUGAAGAUGACGUUGGUCAUAGUUGGUGUUUUCGUCAUGUGCUGGACGCCCUAUUUCGUCAUAUCAGCGUGGUGGUGGUUUGACAAAGACACUGCCAAAAAUAUUGACCCUAAGAUACAGAGGGGCUUGUUCCUGUUUGCCGUUUCCAAUUCCUGCAUGGAUCCUAUUGUCUACGGAAUGUUUACAAUCAAUUUUAAGAGAGAGUUUCAGAGAUGUUGCUGCUGCCUUCGAAAUCGCUGGAUCCGACGGAAGUUAGACAAAAUAACCGGAAAUGCCAGCAAGACCGCUACGCUGCCGCCUAACGGAUUUUCCGGUCGCCUAUCCCAGAGUUCCAUGUCGUCGCGCGUGACGGAGAGAAUCCAGUUCAAAAGUUCGGACACGGCCAGCGGAAGGUUCAUACAGAAUUCUGUUGUAACCCCCACCUGUUCCAGGAUGUCCCUAGUGCCCCUGUCCAGAGAGAACAGCAUAUCGAGAGCAAAUAUGAACAACUUUGUUGGUUUGUGAAUAAAAAAGAGAAAAAAAUGGCAGAUCUAUUUUAAAAUGACUGAAACGAAAAGUAGUAGAAAUUCCAAAACAAAAAACAAAACUACUCAUGGUUGUGGUUUAUUUAUUCCAUUAUUUAUUUUCUCGAAAAGAAUGAAACCUGCAGAUAUGAAGAAGAAAAAACAAGAAACAAAAAUACACGUUAUGUUUUAUUUAUUCCAUUGUGGUUAUUUUCGCGAAAGGAAUGAAACGGGCAGAAAAGAAAGAAAAAAAUGGUACAAAAAUUAUAAUUACUUUAUUGGAUGUGUUUCAGUUAUUCCAUUUUUAGUUUUUCAGAAAGGAAUGAACAUAGCAAAAAACAUAUGUCCAUAACAAAUGUUUUAAAGGGGUUUUAAAAGUAUUGUUGUGUUCGUGUUUGAAACCUAUAUGUGCUUUAAACUAAUUUCCAAACGAACUAAACAUUCAACUCAUUGUACUGCUCACUACAAAGCUGUUGUAUUAAAAUUAACAUUGUUGUGUUCAUUGGGUUUUUUUAUCAUCAUAAUAUAUAAAUGUGUUAUUAGGCCUACUUUUAUUAAAAAUAUGUUAUGAAUUUGUGAUCCAUUUGAUGAUAUACUUCCAAAUAGUUUAGGUGACUCCAGUGCUUAAGCUUAUAAAACGCUCAAAGUCUCUAUUAGAGUCUCAGUCAAGACUCUAAACAUUUUAUAAGCAUCAGGCCUGGGACCGUGCUUAUAAAACUUUUAAGAGACCAGACUGAAUUUCAAAUGACGUCACAAUAAUACAAUUUGUAUGGCGUUGUCAUGACAUUACUGUCUCAGACUCUUGAGUCUCGAGUCUAGACUCUAUAUAAGCACCUGGCCUGGUCCUCGUUUCACAAAGCGAUCUUAGUCCUAAGAUCACCUUUAAUGCAUAGCUACCUUAUGCACUAAGAUCGCUUUGUAAAACGGGUCAAAUCGUAUCUAAGUUGUAUGGUGUUGUCAUGCUAUUAAUGUCUCCAAAUGAGUUGGUACAAGGUUGUACUAUACCAAAUAACUUCCGGCUGGGUCAAAGUUCUAGGUGCACGUAACAUUUGAUAGAGCAGUUAAUAUCACGAGUCCUGUCAUUGGUGAUAAAUGUGACAGUAUUUUGUUGUCAAAAUAUUUAGUCUCGUUUGGGCAAUACUGGUUUAUAUAUUGGCAUAAUGUUUUUAACCACAUACCUUAACAUUGUCGCCUAUGGGAUUUUAUUAAAUUUUGGUAUAGUACAAUCACAAGGGCUCAUGCUUACAAAAUGUUCACCAACUAUUCUAUGCAAUUCAAAUGCAGACUUUGCUAAACUAAC